CUCGACGGGCUCCUUCGCGAGAAGCGGAAGAGCAUUGCGUCCCCUUCGACUCUGUGUUGACCAAAAGGGAUAGUCUCGUCUCAAUAUGAGUGUCCACACGGUCAUGCGGACACAAGUCCGUUCCCUCGCUGGCAUGCCGAAAGCCGCAAUGCGGCCACUUGGCAAUUCUUUUUGCGCGCGAAGAUACCUAUCAGCGGCUCCCCUUCGGUCAAUUCCUGCCGCUCCCACUCGGUUACCGUUGAACAGGAGAUGGGAGCCGAAAAGGCACUCUUCUUCUGCUACUGCGGCUGCAGUACUCGAGCAGGCCGCCGCGCAACCGGAGACGCUUUCACAAGACGCAAUCAUUGAAAGUAUGGAUCCUGCCGAAGCUGCGAGAAUAUCUAAAGUCCGAAAUAUUGGUAUUGCGGCUCAUAUUGACAGCGGUAAAACCACGUCGACUGAACGAGUCCUUUUCUACACCGGACGCAUCCAGGCCAUCCAUGAAGUUCGGGGACGUGACUCCGUCGGAGCCAAGAUGGACUCUAUGGAUCUCGAACGUGAGAAAGGAAUUACCAUCCAGUCUGCCGCGACAUUCUGCGACUGGGUCAAGAAGGAGAACGGGAAGGACGAGAAAUACCACAUCAACUUGAUCGAUACACCUGGACAUAUUGACUUUACGAUUGAGGUCGAGAGAGCUCUACGUGUCUUGGACGGUGCUGUCUUGAUCUUGUGCGCUGUCUCUGGCGUCCAAUCGCAAACCAUUACCGUCGAUCGACAGAUGCGACGCUACAAUGUUCCGCGUAUCUCGUUUAUCAAUAAGAUGGACCGUAUGGGAUCUAAUCCCUUCAGGGCUAUUGAACAGAUUAAUCAGAAACUAAAGAUGCACGCCGCGGCCGUCCAAGUGCCCAUUGGGCUCGAGGACGAAUUCAAGGGUGUUGUUGACAUCAUCCGCAUGAAGGCUAUUUAUAACGAAGGUCCUCGGGGUGAAAUGGUUGUCGAAAAGGAUGAGAUCCCGGCCGAUGUGCGCCCAGUGGCAGAAGAGCGGAGGAGAAUGCUGAUCGAAACUCUGGCCGACGUUGACGAUGAUAUUGCCGAACUCUUCUUGGAAGAGAAGGAGCCAACGGUUGAGCAACUCAAGGCCGCUAUAAGGCGGGCAACUAUUGCCCGGACGUUCACCCCAGUUUUCAUGGGAUCCGCUCUGGCAGACAAAGCCGUACAGCCUAUGCUCGAUGGUAUUUGCGAUUAUCUUCCGAAUCCGGCCGAAAUUGAGAACUUGGCACUCGACCAAAAACGCAACGAGGCUUCCGUCAAGCUUGUUCCAUAUAACUCUUUGCCCUUUGUCGGCCUGGCCUUCAAACUUGAAGAAAGCAAUUUUGGCCAACUCACCUACAUACGUGUCUAUCAGGGUACCCUUCGAAAAGGAACCAACGUAUUCAAUGCCCGAAAUAACAAGCGGAUCAAGGUCCCUCGCAUUGUCCGUAUGCAUUCAAAUGAAAUGGAAGAGGUUUCUGAAAUCGGUGCUGGUGAGAUCUGCGCCGUAUUUGGCGUCGACUGUGCUUCCGGAGACACGUUCACCGAUGGCCAACUGAACUACUCGAUGUCUUCUAUGUUUGUGCCUGAGCCUGUCAUUUCCCUGUCUAUCAAACCUAAAAACUCCAAGGAUCUUGCCAAUUUCUCCAAGGCUAUCAACAGAUUUCAACGUGAAGACCCCACAUUCCGUGUUCACUUCGACACCGAGAGUGAAGAGACAAUUAUUUCUGGAAUGGGUGAGCUACACUUGGAUAUUUAUGUUGAACGUAUGCGUCGUGAGUACCGCGUCGAUUGCGAAACCGGAAAGCCUCAGGUCGCGUACCGUGAAACGAUUGGCAAGCGUGUUGAGUUUGAUCACUUGCUUAAGAAACAAACUGGCGGACCUGGUGAAUAUGCUCGUGUUGCCGGUUGGAUGGAACCUACUGGGAACUUGGAUGGCAACAACUUCGAGGAGCAGAUCACUGGAGGCAGCAUUUCCGAGAAGUUCUUGUUUGCUUGCGAGAAAGGUUUCGGCCUGGCUUGUGACAAGGGCCCAUUAAUCGGCCACAAGGUCCUCGGUACCAGAAUGGUUAUCAAUGACGGUGCCACACAUAUGACUGAUUCGUCCGAAAUGUCCUUCAAGAAUGCCACUCAGCAAGCUUUCAGGAAAGCGUUUAUGGACAGUCAGCCACACAUUCUUGAACCCCUCAUGAAGACUGUCAUUACCGCUCCAUCAGAAUUCCAGGGUGAUGUUAUCGCCUUGUUGAACAAGCGCAAUGCUAUUAUUAACGAUACCGAGACUGGCGUUGAUGAAUUCACCGUCUACGCCGACUGUAGUUUGAAUGGAAUGUUCGGGUUUAGUACCCAUUUGCGCGCUGCUACCCAGGGCAAGGGAGAGUAUACCAUGGAGUUCAGCCAUUACGAAAAAGCUCCUGGUCACUUGCAGAAGGAGCUUAUUGCCGAGUAUGAGAAAGCACAAGCUGCCAGACAUAAGAAAUAAGCUGCAUCCGCUUUUAUUUCUCGUUGAAUACUCUGAGCAGGUCUUCGUUUACCUGCGACGGACAAGUUCCCAGCCGGGCUUUGUCUCACGACCAGCCAUGGUUCCGAAAUAUCCUCAGAGCCUGAAACCAUCUGCUUCUCUUUCAAGCCAGCUCCACUAUGGUGGAAGUUAUGUUUGUUUUUGAAUAUCUCGAUGCACUGUACAUGUACAACUUCACUUACCCUUCCAUCUGCUGUAUUUAUACCGUGCAAGGCUUUCUUUUUGGGCAAAAAUGAUGGGGAUACAGGCGAAAUGUUUUGCAAGGGUCAUGUUCUCUGUUUCCGUAUGUCUCCCAUUUGGCGUGCAGUCGCCCUAGACACUUUUUUUGGCUGUGUAAUGAAUCGGUAUAGACUCGCAAGAUUGCUUAUAUCUUCUGUUUAUAA